AUGUCAUCAUUAGCUAACGAUUUUGAAAAAGUUCUUCGUGAAUUUAUUCCGAAAGAGCUGAUUCCGGUGACGUGGAAGUUUGACGAAAAGAAAAGACGUGUGGAAAACAUCCAAUCCCUCAUGAAAUGCGGUCAACUUGGGAUAGUCAAGUCAGCCGAACAGCUAAAUAGGGAUAUCGGCAGUUACAUGUGUUUUCCGGGCAGCACUCAACAUUUCGAAAUAGACCCAGUGGUUGCACCGUCUCCUGAUGAUUACACAAGUUUGAAGAAUACAAUGUAUAUUUACAAAAAGGAUUUGUUUUUGUUGUUCGAUUUCAAAGAUAUUUCUUCACUGAAAGAAUGCCAGAGGGAAGAGGUCGAAUGGGUUCUGAAUGAUUGUUUGCAACAAAUGGAUUUUGGGAGUCACCAUGAGAUGAUCGUGAAACCGGACAUCAAAACAAUCAUUAAGGACGGCGAGGAGGUACUGAAAAAUGUGAUGCCGUUUCUCGAAUUAUCGAAAGAUUGUGAGAAAAUUUAUGAAGACUCCAAAACACGGUUCAUGGAAACGUUACAUGUUGAUAUUAGAGAGACCGUUUCGGAUUGUUUGGAGGGCAUAAUCGUGGAUCACUCAACCGAGAAGUAUCAUUUCGAGCUAUUACUAAUCAUUAAUUGGAUCGGAUUUAUUAUGAAGGGAAUUGAGAAUUUUGUUAAAAAAGAAUCCAUCCACUUGCCACCACUCAAUUCAGUAUCCCUGACAAUACCAAUCAUCCGACUCUUCUCCAUUGACAAAAAUCACUUUGUGAUGGCUGACGAAUUGCUCAAAACUUUGAAGAAAUGUAAUAUGGAUGUGUCUGGAUUCGAGGAAGAAGUGUUCGGAAUGAAGGAAAUUGUCUACAUUCACUUUCAGAGAAGUUUCUCAGAAAGUCGAUAA